GCCAUUCUCUUCCUCUCUAAUCUCUCUCUCUCUCUCUCUCUCUCUCUCUCUCUCUCUCUGUGGAGUUUGCUUUCUAUCUCUAUCAAGUAAACCCGAUAGACCCGGUCUAUCCAGCUAUUUCCCUUUUUCAUUUCCAGCUCUUUAUUACCCUCCUUUUUCGCUCCUCUAUCUCUUUCUUCCUCCUUUCUCUCUCUAGGGUUUUGAUUCUUUUGUACAGACCUACCCAUCUCGCUUUCUCCUUGCAUUUCUUCAAAAUUUUCAGUUUUUAGAAUGACUUCUGUGAAGAACAACUUCCUGCCUCCUGGGUUGGUUUCCAAUCUCCAGGAAGUGUUGUCAAGCAGAAAGGGUGAAGAAGAUAAUAGUAAUGAUAAAUCAACUGAACCCUCUACUUGUACUUCUGUUGAAAAUACUUCCGAGGCUGAAGAAAAUUCCAACCCUAUUGUUUUGGUUACUAAUGGAGAUGGGAUUGAGUCUCCUGGUCUUGUUUUUCUUGUUCAAGCUCUCGUACAUGAAGGCCUUUACAAUGUUCAUGUCUGCGCGCCGCAAUCGGACAAAUCAGUAUCUGGUCAUUCGGUUACUCUACAAGAAACAAUUGCUGUGACUUCUGCCAAUAUUAAGGGUGCCAAAGCUUAUGAAGUUUCAGGGACUCCAGUGGAUUGCGUCUCCUUAGCACUGUCUGGAGCACUGUUUUCUUGGUCAAAGCCUUUGCUGGUGAUUAGUGGAAUUAACCAGGGAUCAAGCUGUGGUAAUCACAUGUUUUAUUCAGGUGUUGUUGCUGGAGCUAGAGAGGCAUUAAUUUCUGGUGUCCCAUCUCUAUCAAUAUCACUAAACUGGAAGAAGAAUGAAAGCCAGGAAAGUCAUUUUAAGGAUGCAGUAGCUGUUUGUCUGCCAUUGAUCAAAGCUGCUGUCAGAGAUAUUGAGAAGGGGACUUUCCCAAAGAGUUGCUCUCUGCACAUAGAAAUCCCCACAUCUCCAUCUACGAAUAAGGGUUUCAAAUUGACUAAACAAAGUAUGUGGAGAUCUGUGCCUAGCUGGCGAGCUGUUUCAGCUAACCGGAACCCUUCUGCUGGACAUUUCAUGUCUAACCAACAAAGUCUUGGUAUCCAACUUGCACAGCUUGGUCGAGAUGCUUCUGCUGCUGGUGCAGCUCGCCGUGUAACCACACAAAAGAAGAAUGUUGAAAUUGAAUCAAUUGGGGCUGCAGGCAAAUCUGAUGCCAAUCGGGUGAAAAAGUAUUUUCGUCUUGAGUUUCUUGACAAGGAGCACGAAGAUACUGAUGAGGAUCUGGAUUACAGAGCACUUGAAAAUGGAUUUGUUGCAAUAACCCCUGUAUUGCUUUCACAACAUAUGGAGACAGACAUUCGUGUAGCGGCCUCAGAUUGGAUUUCUUCUGCAGCACUCACUGGGGGCCAAUGAAAAUCUACAUAGAAAUGAUAUAACCAGCGAUUUUGUAUACAUUUCCAGUUGUGUUAAAUUAGUUAUUAAUUGAUUUGUGCCUUUUGCAUUCACCUUCUUUUAAAUUAACCUUAAUUUAAUUUUCCCAAAUAUUUUGUUGGAGUUGGGUGGUUUGUAAUUUUAGUUGUUGCCUACAGGAAUGUAAUCUAAAAUGGGCAGGUCCUAAUUCUGUGACUUUGCCUUCUCCUCUAAUCCCUUCCCUCCUUCCACUCUGGAUUUGUAUUUUCUAUUUUAUUUCUCAACAUGUGUUUGAUGAUUAUGGAUACUCUCAUGUUCUCUCAA